AUGUCUGCCCAUCCCCAAGGUGGUCAGUAUGAUGACGGCUACGGCCACGGCCACGGCCAACAGGGCCAAGAUGCCUACUAUCACGACGACCAGUAUGGCCAGUACCACGACGACCAGCGUGGUGCCUACAACGACCAACACCAAGGGCACGGCGAUGCUUACUACGACGAGUCAGCCUACUACGAUGGUCAAGGGCAGCAUCAACAGAAUGGCGGCUACUAUGAUGAUCGUGGCCAUGGCCAGCAGGGCUACCAAGACGAGUAUUACAACGAUCAGUAUUACGACCAGGGAGGCCAUGGCCAGGAGGGCUAUGGAGCGAGACCCCGCCGCCAGCACGACUCUGAGGAAGACUCCGAGACGUUCAGCGACUUCACGAUGCGCUCCGACAUGGCUCGUGCAACAGACAUGGACUACUAUGGACGUGGCGAUGAAAGAUACAACAGCUACAACGGUGGCGGUCAAUACCGUCCCCCAUCGUCACAGAUCUCUUACGGCGGCAACCGCUCGUCAGGGGCUUCAACGCCGAUAUACGGCAUGGAUUACACCAAUGCUCUUCCUGCCGGUCAGCGCUCGCGUGAGCCCUACCCGGCGUGGACCGCUGAAGCACAGAUCCCUUGCACAAAGGAGGAGAUCGAGGACAUCUUUCUAGAGCUGACUGCCAAGUUCGGUUUCCAACGCGACAGCAUGCGGAACGUGUACGACCACUUCAUGACCCUGCUUGACUCACGAGCGUCUCGGAUGUCGCCUAAUCAGGCGCUCCUCUCGCUUCACGCCGAUUAUAUUGGUGGUGAAAACGCCAAUUACCGCCGCUGGUACUUCGCUGCCCAUCUUGACCUGGACGACGCUGUUGGUUUUUCCAACAUGAAGCUAGGCAAGGCGAACCGAAGGACGCGCAAAGCCCGAAAGGCCGCCAAGAAGGCAGCUGCCGAGAACCCUGGCAACGAACAGGAAGUUCUGGACGCAUAUGAGGGCGAUAACAGCCUUGAAGCCGCAGAAUUCCGAUGGAAGACGCGCAUGAAUCGCAUGUCACAACACGAACGUGUGCGACAGAUUGCUCUCUACCUUCUCUGCUGGGGUGAGGCCAACCAGGUCCGCUAUAUGCCUGAGUGCCUCUGCUUCAUCUUCAAGUGCUGCGAUGACUGGCUUAACUCGCCUGCCGGACAAGCGCAGACCGAGCCCAUCGAUGAGUUCACUUAUCUCAACAACGUGAUUACCCCGCUCUACCAAUUCUGCCGAGACCAAGGGUACGAAAUCCAAGACGGCAAGUACGUUCGACGGGAACGUGAUCACGCCGCCAUCAUCGGUUACGAUGAUAUUAACCAGCUCUUUUGGUACCCUGAGGGUCUGGAGCGUAUCGUCAUGGAAGACAAAUCUCGUCUUGUCGACCUGCCUCCGGCCGAGCGAUACGCCAAGCUUAAGGAUGUCGUUUGGAAGAAGGUGUUCUUCAAGACGUACUAUGAACGACGCUCUUGGUUUCACAUGAUCGUGAACUUCAACCGUAUUUGGGUCAUUCACGUUGCGGCUUUCUGGUUCUACACUGCUUACAACUCGAAACCCGUAUACACCAAGAACUACGAACAGCAACUGGACAACCAGCCCAAUCCCGCCGCAACGCUCUCUGCUGUGGGUCUUGGUGGUACUGUCGCUGCCUUUAUCCAACUCAUGGCCACUUUCUGCGAAUGGGCAUACGUUCCUCGAAAGUGGGCCGGCGCUCAGCACUUGACGAAACGGAUGCUUUUCAUUCUCCUCGUCUUGGUCAUUAACGUUGCUCCUGCUGUUUACAUCUUCGUCUUGGACAAACAAACAGGCACUAUUCCCCGGAUCCUUGGCAUUGUGCAAUUCAUCAUCGCCCUGAUCACGUUCUUCUUCUUCUCCAUCAUGCCUCUGGGAGGUCUCUUCGGCAGCUACUUGAAGCGCAAUUCCCGUCAGUACGUCGCGAGCCAGACCUUCACUGCCAGUUACCCGCGUCUGAAGGGCAAUGAUAUGUGGAUGUCCUACGGUCUGUGGGUCAUGGUCUUCGCUGCCAAGUUCUCCGAGUCCUACUUCUUUUUGACCCUGUCGCUGAAGGACCCCAUCCGUAUCCUGUCCCACAUGAAGAAGCCUGACUGCGCUGGCGACAAGAUUAUUGGAAAUGUCCUGUGCAAGUAUGAACCCAGGAUUCUACUUGGCCUGAUGUACUUCACAAGUUUGAUCCUGUUUUUCUUGGAUACUUACCUCUGGUACAUUAUCCUGAACAUGAUCUUCUCCGUUGCGCGCUCUUUCUACCUAGGUAUCUCCAUUUGGACUCCCUGGAGGAACAUCUUUUCUCGCCUUCCCAAGCGUAUCUAUUCCAAGGUUCUUGCCACCACCGACAUGGAGAUCAAGUACAAGCCAAAGGUGCUCAUUUCUCAGAUCUGGAACGCUAUCGUUAUCUCCAUGUACCGCGAGCAUCUGCUAGCCAUCGACCACGUUCAGAAGCUUCUCUACCACCAGGUGCCAUCCGAGCAGGAGGGUAAGAGGACUCUUCGUGCGCCUACUUUCUUCGUCUCUCAGGAAGAUCACUCGUUCAAGACCGAGUUCUUCCCUGCCCAGAGCGAGGCGGAACGUCGCAUCUCGUUCUUCGCACAGUCCCUGUCUACGCCGAUUCCUGAGCCGCUACCCGUUGACAACAUGCCUACUUUCACUGUUAUGAUUCCCCACUACAGCGAGAAGAUUCUAUUGUCUCUCCGCGAGAUUAUUCGUGAGGACGAGCCCUACUCUCGCGUUACUCUCCUGGAGUAUCUUAAGCAGCUCCACCCUCACGAGUGGGAUUGCUUUGUUAAGGACACAAAGAUUCUCGCCGAUGAGACCUCGCAGUACAACGGAGAUACGGAGAAAUCCGAGAAAGACACCGCCAAGAGCAAGAUUGACGACCUUCCCUUCUACUGCAUCGGGUUCAAGUCUGCAGCCCCUGAGUACACUCUUCGCACUCGUAUCUGGGCCUCUCUCCGAUCGCAGACUCUCUACCGUACCAUCUCCGGUUUCAUGAACUACAGCCGCGCCAUCAAGCUUCUCUACCGUGUUGAGAACCCUGAGGUUGUCCAGAUGUUCGGCGGCAACUCCGACAAGCUCGAACGCGAACUGGAGAGAAUGGCCAGGCGCAAGUACAAGAUCUGUGUCUCUAUGCAACGUUAUGCCAAGUUCUCCAAGGAGGAACGCGAGAACACUGAGUUCUUGCUCCGCGCCUACCCCGACCUGCAAAUUGCCUACCUUGACGAGGAGCCACCGCUCAAUGAAGGUGACGAGCCACGCAUCUACUCUGCUCUUAUCGACGGACACUCUGAAAUCAUGGACAACGGCAUGCGUCGACCCAAGUUCCGCGUUCAGCUUUCCGGUAACCCCAUCCUGGGUGACGGCAAGUCUGACAACCAGAACCACUGCAUCAUCUUCUACCGUGGCGAGUACAUUCAGUUGAUCGACGCCAACCAGGACAACUACCUCGAGGAGUGUCUCAAGAUCCGAAGUGUCCUUGCUGAGUUCGAAGAAAUGACCACCGACAACGUCUCUCCGUAUACCCCAGGCAUCCCCAACCCCAACUUCAACCCUGUGGCAAUUCUUGGAGCCCGUGAAUAUAUUUUCUCCGAGAACAUUGGUAUCCUCGGUGACGUUGCCGCGGGUAAGGAACAGACAUUCGGUACUAUGUUCGCUCGUACUCUGGCUCAGAUCGGUGGCAAACUCCAUUAUGGUCAUCCUGAUUUCCUCAACGGCAUCUUCAUGACCACCCGUGGCGGUGUUUCCAAGGCACAAAAGGGUCUCCACCUGAACGAAGAUAUCUACGCUGGUAUGAACGCUCUCCUUCGUGGCGGCAGAAUAAAGCAUUGCGAAUACUACCAGUGUGGUAAGGGUCGUGAUCUUGGUUUUGGCUCUAUUCUCAAUUUCACCACCAAGAUUGGUACUGGUAUGGGCGAGCAAAUGCUGUCUCGUGAGUACUACUACCUGGGUACACAACUGCCUCUGGAUCGCUUCCUGUCGUUCUACUACGCUCAUCCGGGUUUUCACAUCAACAACUUGUUCAUCAUGUUGUCGGUGCAGUGCUUCAUGUUCGUUCUCCUCCAUCUGGGUGCGCUCAAGCAUGAAACCAUUGUCUGCCGCUACAACAAGGACGUCCCUAUCACGGAUCCCCAGUGGCCCAACGGUUGCGCGAACUUGGUUCCUGUCUACGACUGGGUCGCUCGUUGCAUUCUGUCCAUCUUCAUUGUUUUCUUCAUCGCUUUUGUGCCUCUCGUGGUGCAAGAGUUGACAGAGCGCGGUUUCUGGCGUGCUGCUACCCGUCUGGGCAAGCACUUCUCUUCUUUAUCUCCGCUGUUCGAGGUCUUCGUCUGCCAAAUUUACGCCAAUGCCAUCACCACUGAUCUUUCUUUCGGUGGUGCGCGUUACAUUGGUACUGGACGUGGUUUCGCUACCGCACGUAUCCCCUUCGGUAUUCUCUACUCUAGAUUUGCCGGGCCGUCCAUGUACCUCGGCGCUCGUUCCCUGAUGAUGCUGCUCUUUGGCACUCUCACCGUCUGGGGUCCAUGGCUGAUUUACUUCUGGGCAUCCCUGUUGGCCAUGUGUAUCUCGCCUUUCGUGUUCAACCCUCACCAGUUCUCCUGGGACGAUUUCUUCAUCGACUACCGUGAGUACCUCCGCUGGCUCUCUCGCGGAAACACCCGGUCGCACAGCGCUUCUUGGAUUGGCUUCUGCCGACUUUCGCGUACACGAAUCACUGGUUACAAGCGCAAGGCUCUUGGCGACCCAUCCUCUAAACUCUCCGGGGAUGUUCCGCGCGCCCGGUUCGCUAACAUCUUCAUGGGUGAAAUCGUCGGGCCCCUUGUUUUGGUCGCCCUCACUCUGAUUCCUUACUUGUUCAUCAACGCGCAGACUGGUGUAAAGGCAGAUAACAACAACGGGAAGGAUCCGGUAGCGACCAGCUCCCUCAUCCGUGUGGCACUCGUUGCCUUCGGUCCUAUUGCCGUCAACGCAGGCGUUCUGGCCGCUCUCUUCGCCAUGGCUUGCUGUGCUGGACCUCUCUUAGGGAUGUGCUGCAAGAAGUUCGGUGCUGUCUUGGCCGCCAUCGCUCACGCUCUCUCAGUCAUCAUGCUCUUCGCAUUCUGGGAAGUCAUGAUGUUCCUCGAGGGUUUCAACUUCACCAAGGCUUUGUUGGGCAUGAUUGCUGUCGUCGCGAUCCAGCGAUUCUUCUUCAAGCUCAUUGUCUCUCUUGCUCUCACUCGUGAGUUCAAGUCUGACACUGCCAACAUCGCCUGGUGGACCGGAAAGUGGUACACUAUGGGUUGGCACACUCUGUCGCAGCCCGGCCGUGAAUUCCUCUGCAAGAUCACCGAGCUUGGCAUGUUCGCUGCCGACUUCAUUUUGGGUCACUUCAUCCUGUUCAUCAUGCUUCCGCCCCUCCUGAUCCCCAUGGCGGAUAAGGUCCACUCGGUCAUGCUGUUUUGGCUUCGACCUAGUCGCCAAAUUCGACCUCCUAUCUACUCAUUAAAGCAGACCAAGCUUCGCAGGAGGAGAGUGGUCCGUUACGCUAUCCUUUACUUCCUCCUGCUGGUCAUCUUCAUCGCCCUCAUGGUCGGACCAGUCGUCGCUGGCAAGUUCCUCAAGCUGAACAUCAAGAUUCCCAUGGAUCUUCUCCAGCCUACUGGCCUGAACAACAACGAUACCACGACCACGGUCACUGGUAGUUGUAUCAACAACCUGCCGUGCCCUGGCCCUGGUGGCGAUGAGGCGGUGGCAACCUCAACUGACAGCUCGGCGAAGAUCCGCCGAUUCAUGGCUUUUUAA